CUUUUAACCUUACUCUCUCCUCACCAUGGCCAUGCUGCACAACUCCUUGACAAUCCUUUACUUACACAUGGGUCACCCUGUCACACCCUCACACUAGUCAUCCUCCUCUUCUUUCCUCUCUUGUCAUCUCACUCUCUCUUCUACUCACACCUCCACAUACCCACUGGACAAUCUUCAAACUCCCUCUCCCUCCCCUCUACUCUCUUUGACCCAACACGACCUCGCUUAAUCAUUAACAAAACCCCCUCCCUCGCCCCUGCUAUCAUCUCGACCCACUCGGCCACUCGGUUCCCAAACUGAAACUAGUCAACGCCCUUCCCCACGCCAUAUCUUUGGUUCAUGCUUCCGAGCUGAGACACUAAGAUCUCUCCCUACCUUCGCUUGAUCAUUGCCGACCACAGCUUGGUCCUUCAUCUCUGAAUUCCGGUCCUUUUACUCAUUCCAUCAACCUUGAUUUCGAUAAAGAGGAGACGAGUUCAUAAAGAUGGGCGAUAGGUAUGGUACAGCAUUGGAAUUUGACGUGGAUUUACAUUCUAUCUAUGCUGCUUAUUUAGGUCAUUUUGAGACAAAUGGGAUCGACUGGUGGGAUAAAUCAUGGGGUGGAUAUUUUUUAACUUUCAACGACUUUCUAGGAUUCGGUUGGGAAGUCAUGACUGUUGUGGAUGCUCAUACGGGAAGACCUCACAUAGCCGUGAGAAAAGAACAAAUCGCUUUGUUCGCAAAGAUGAUACGGACCAGAUUCGGCGAAGUCCUUCCUAAAGAUCCACCCACUAUCCUUCCCCUCGAACCUGUCAAUACCAAACACCUCGCCCUCCGUCGACUUCUCAACAUCUCCGAUCUCGCAUCAUAUCGCAAACUCGCUCUCACACUUCCCGCUGCUGAACUGAACUACAUCCGGACCCGUGUCAGAGCCGGUGAACCGGGGGUCAUAUCCCAGCUCUUUUAUGCCGGGGUCGCCGAUGAUGUUCCCAAAAACUGUGGUGUGAGGGAUAAUGGGGUAGGAUAUACCUGGGCAUGCGUCAAGACGACUUGGUGGGAGAGAGGUGGACCACCUUAUGGGGUCAUACCCGGUCAUGGGAGGACACAGAGUAAACCCGCCCCGGGUCAGGCUGGAAAGGGCUUGGUUCUGGAAAUUGGGUUGGCGGUAUUGAGAUGUCCCAAUCUGCACGCGGUGGACGUAUGGCCUCCCAACCCUGGACAGAAUUUUCGAAAAUCGCACUUCAUCACAGAAGAAUGGGUCGACAAGCUUUAUCUGAUGCUUGUACAGAGAGCCAACACUAAUCCACCCUCGUACCCCCGCAACUACGCCUUUGGGAAGAGUAGGUUUGUCAAUGAGAAGGACGUUGAGAAGAUUCUCGAUGCCAACCUCUCAUCCAUCGCCUCUCAAGAAAACGACAACAGUCCCAACACAUUGAUCCUCCUCCACGUAGGAGAUCCCAAUCCAUUACCCGUCCCUACUUCCUCCACCUUACCGUCUAACGUCCUCAAUCUCGAUCUUUUGGCAUUCGAAUACAACAUGCGUCGGGAAGCACAAGCUCGUGGUCUGCCAGGUGCAGGCGACCGACGUGAUCCUUUGCCCAACCUCGCCUCCUUGCUUCAAACCCUACAAAUACCCGUCCCUCCUUACGUCCCUCUCGGUAAUGCAGGCAAUGAAGCUUUCUACACUCUCUUGGCAUUUCAAAAACUUCUUAUGGCCGAUACUCGCCUACCUGACAUCCUUCUGGGUCCGCCUCAAGGUUAUCUCCCAUAUUCCAAUGCUCUUCCCGUUUUCCCUCCUCCCCAACCUAUGUCUAUGGUCUUCCCCGCUGCAUCCUACGCCCCGGUGUAUCCUUCCCUUCUUCCCCCUCAAUUCCCAGACUCCCGAAGGAGUUCUUACGCCUCUCAACCGACUUCUCCCGCUCGACCGAGUCUGAAACAAGGGAGAAAAGUCAGCGAUGACCCACGUCCUCGACCCGUGUCAUUUUCCGUCGACCGAACACCAAUGUCCACCCCUGCAAACGCAGACAGUCUCGCGAAGGGAGGGACCAUCCGAGCCAGUUCGAACAAUCGUGAAAGGGCCACUUUACCCAGAUCACGGACUGUCUUCUGGGACGACGCAGAAUACGCUCCUGCCGAGGAUGUCGAACGCACGCCAGGUCGAUCGAUUCGUCCCUCCCAAGCAACGACCGCGGCGGUGUCAGAUCCGGAAGUUUUCAGACCACCCGAAAGAGCAGAAGGGAAACGUGGGUCUGGGAUAUUAUCCCUGCACGCUGGAAGCUCAAGUGGGACAGGGACGAAUGAAUCGAGUGAUUCUGAUCUCAUGCGAAGAGGAAGGGGAAAAAUGCCUCCUAGUGCCAUGAGGGGUCCGGGAGGGAGAGCAAGUCGAAGUAUCUCUUGGGAUAAAGGUUUACCUCUCGCUGCUUCCUCUGGGCCGAGGGGUGCGAUGGGAGGGAGCGAUCCAUCGUCUCCCCAGAGCAAAAAUAAGAUUCCGCUGGAUCGGGAGCAGAGGGGAAGUCUGGGCAGUUCUACGGGCUCAGGUUCGGAGAGGAGGAUAUCGAAUGAAGAUGGACAGGAUGGCGGGGCUGGAGACAAAGAAAAGGGGAAGGGGAAAGGGAAGGAAGGGGGAAAUGGGGGUAAGGAUGAGAAGGGGAAGGGGAAAUUGAAGCAAGCUGGCAGCGUCAAGAACCUGGCUGGGGCUUUGGCGAGGUUUUGGACGGAAUGAUCCUGAGGUUUUGUCUUCCACGGCAAUGAUCGUCAAUGAGGAAUAGAAUGGGGCUUGGAGCUUGGAGCUUGUGUGAGGGAGGACAGGGGUAUGAGAGUGAACAAUGUGAGGUGAUAUGGAUGGACAUUGACGAGAGGAUGUUGUGACGUCGAUUAAUGAGAUCUGCGCUCAUAGCGAGACGUAGCAUGGACAUUUGGCAUUG